CAUUGAAUGUGACAAUUGUCGGAUCAAUUUGUGGAUCAACUAAAUGGUGAGGAAAUGCCGUUAUAUGAAGGCAUAGGUAUUGGAAGCGAUAAACAUAGCGUUGUCCUCGAGUUCGGUCAGGCCUUCACAAAAUGUGGGUUUGUGUCGGAGUACUCGCCGCGAGCUAUCAUCAGAUCCCAGGUCUUCGACUCGAAGAACAACAAAAUGGUUAACAUCUUCUCGAUUACUGACGACAAAGAGCUGUAUCGGGCGUUAAAACAGUUCAUCCGUGUCCUGUACUUCAGAUAUCUGGCCGUAAACCCAAAGGACAGGCGUCUAGUGAUUGUUGAGUCCAUCUUCUGUUCGACACGUUUCCGGAAUCAAUUGCUAAAAAUUCAGGCGUUGCUUAUAGUGCCGCAGCAUUUGGUAUGUUUGGCCACUUUGGGAGUGUCGACAGCACUGGUCUUAGAUGUCGGUUACAAUGAGGCCAUCGCUAUACCAGUCAUUGAAGGCGUGACGGCUGUCGAUGGGUUACAGUUCGCGCCAUUGGGCGGCAAAUCAAUACAUUUUAGGAUAAUGGAUGAACUGAUCCAAAGGCGCGCAACAAUACGCUAUACCAACGAAGAAGAGUCGGUUAUAUCGGAACCAUUGGACGAAACCCUAUUGGAAGACAUUAAGACCAGGACUUGUUUUGUGGCGCCUUUCGAGAGAGGCGUUCAACUGUCGCAGCAAAAGGUAGACUUCAAGGAAGGGUCGGCCAUAACUGGUCCGCCCAAUGAUAUCAAGUAUCCUCUGGACGGGCAGCGAGUGCUACACAUUCCCGGUUCGCUUCGGGAGUCAGUGUGUGAGGUGUUGUUUGAGAUGUAUGGCGACGAACACACUAUUCCUACGCUAAUCAUUGACGCUAUACUCAAAUGUUCGGUCGAUUCGCGGCGACAGUUGGCCUCUAAUAUCAUAGUAAUCGGCGGCACAUCAAUGUUGGCCGGCUUUAGGCACCGAUUGUUCCAAGAAUUAAAGUCUUUGGCAAAAAGUAAUCGAUUUGUAUCUAAACUACAUUUCGAUGAUUUCAAACUGCAUGAGAAUCCCUGUCCCGCGAACUACAACUCAUGGUUAGGCGCCGCCAUCUUUGCCUCCACAGACAUCGUGUCCACUCGUUCUGUCACUUUAGAGCAAUUCAUUAAAAAUAAAGAAACCAUUAGUGAUUGGAGUGAUUGGUUUCCGGCCAACGGGCGCUAG